UGGACAAAGAGUGUGCAACCUGUGCAACAAAACAAAAAAAAAAAAAAAUGAAUGCCAGCUGUGGGAACAGGUUCACCAGCAUCUUCUCUCUACAACCUUUACAACAUGAACAAUCUAAAAGUGAAUCCUUUGGAGCUCCCAGAAAUCAUCUCGCCUGUUGGAGACUUUCUCGAGCGAAAUGACCUCCUGAACUGCAUCCGCGUCUCCAAGACUUUUCAUAGUACCCUUAUCGGGCAUAUAUGGAAAGACGUCCUUGUCGCCGAAUCCUAUUCCAGAUGUCCUACUGGCGAAACACUACAGAAACACAAGAAAUACAUUGAAGCGAUAACAUUUCGAAGUGAUGAUGAACCAGACGCGUUUCUUAGAUUAAUAAUGAAAUGUUUUGACAUUCCAUACGAGUAUUGGUCAUUGCAGGGAUGUGAUCGCCUCCAGUUCAUCGCAUUCGAAGGAUGGAACUGUUACGAGCCGAAUGACCAUUUGAACCUCCUCCUCAAGAACCACAACUCUACCAUCACCAGACUUUGCUUUAAAAAUACUCAAACAUCGCGUGAACUCUGGGAAACAUUGCUGGGAUGUACCAACCUCGAGCGUCUAGAAGUAUCUGACGAAGAUAUAGACGACGAAAUCGAUGUAUUCCUCCAAGUGUGCAAGAAAAUUAAGUACUUGUACUUGAAUGGACUAUCCUUAAACCGGCUACCUGCCAGCUUCCUUAGUAAUGAGGACAGUGAUUAUAAUCUCUCAAAUAUUCACACACUAAGUCUUAAGAACAUCCGAGUAUACAGCCAGGACUCGUACACAAAAGCAUAUUGCCUUGGGGUGUUGGUCAGAAGAUGUUCAGGAUUGCGUGUACUGGAAUUUUUUGAUUCCUACGAAUCAUUUUCAUUCCAAUAUGAGCAAUACGGCGAUGUUUUCUACAAGGAAGUAUUCCUUCAGCAUCCCUGGACUCAGGAUAACUUGUCAGAGCUGAUUUUGACAAACGCGCAGUUAAAAGACGAGAGCACGGCGAGAUUGCUCAGACGGAUGCCUGGAUUAAAACGGCUAGACAUCUUUCGUGAAGUCGGUCAGCUGUCUCUGCAGGAAUUGCUAUCUGACAAGCAAGAGGCUUUUGAUAAUGGACAAAUGGUAUGGAAGACAAGGCCGCAGAAGCUUUGUGAAACUGUUGAAAGAUUGGUGGUCGAACUGGACGACGGAAACGAGGGAGUUGCUCAAGCUAUUUUAUCCAUUUGUCCACUCCUGAAGAAGUUUGUGGGACCUAAAAUCACCAUGACGGAGAUUGCCAAUGGAGCAGAAUGGGUGUGCACUGGACUGACCGAAUUGACUGUUUAUCUGGAGGUAGACAUUGAUCAAGAGACUACUGAGGGCAUGGAGAAGACACGUAGUGUCUUUAAGCAACUUGGGAAAUUGACUCAACUACGGUCUCUUAAGUUAACAAAGCGGGACUCAAAUGAUAGCGAAACGCGGGCGCUGGAUUUGAGACUAAGAACUGGUCUAGAUGAGCUAGCCAACCUGAAGUGGCUGCGUGUACUAUCGUUCAGCAAUGAUGAUCACCAAGAAAUAGAUCUUGAAGAAGCGACAUGGAUCGUGGAGAAUUGGCCAAGAAUCAAGUACUGGAAUGGCAAGUUGAUGUGUGAUUUACUUGCGCCACACAAUAUAGAUAUUGGGCAAAAAGACUGAAAUACAUGCAUCUUAUAAGGUAGUCAAUCGGAUGAGACUUGUGAUAGAAAUAAAAG